AUGCGCCCCGACUAUCCUUCUUCUGACGACGAGUUCUCCGUCGCGCCUCCACCGUCUGACUCGACUCCGACCACGCCCGUCUCAAAGGGCGUCGACGGUGAGAUGGACAUCGACACGGCCGACUUGCCACCCAUCAGCGGACCUGACCGCAAGCUGUCGCUGCCCCCAGUCAAGGACCUCAUUGCGGAAGUGUGUAACACAUGUGAAGCUGAAAGGCUCAGGCGACACGAGUGGAACCGCCAGCACGAGCGCGACCACCCACGACACCUGUACUCGGGCGGAGAUGGCAUGAUUCUACGCGCUGUGCGCCCGCCCUCGCCCACCCGGCGCGAGCGCUACUCGGUUUCCGCUUACCCCGUCGCACACCCGCAUCCAUACCUCCAGCAGCCCUCGGCCGCGCACGCCACUCUCUACCGUCCACGCUACGCGACACAGGCCCACGUGCCGUCGUACGCGCGCGAUACGCGUAUGGGGCCCCUCACACACUUCGUACCAGCGCUCGCACCGCCGCACGCCCAGUAUCACUACUACACGGCGCCCGGCCCGGAACCCGACUUUGCCAACUUCACCUUUGGCGCGCACUCGCAUGCACCCCCGGAGGCCCAAGUCGCGCCAAAUGAUACGUACAGCGCGCGUAGAGGCUCGUUUGCGUCUGACGCACCCCGCCGACGAUCUGUGGAGCGCCGCCCUCGCGCAUCGACCGUCGGUACGACACAUGCCGCUGUUCUGGCUUCCAAUGGACGACGCCCAAGUAUCGUUGCACCACGUGAGGAGGACGAGCCGCCUUCAUCACCUGAAAUGCCUCUGGCGGGAUCUCGCACCACACCACCUAGGGUGAAAUCUACGUCUAAGCCACCGCCACCCAACGCGUCAAACGAAGCUGGUCCGUCUACGAGACAGCUGUCUUUGGCCAGUACGGCAACCACGAACGCAAACCCGCCGCCUUUCACCGAGGCCGAGUUGUUGGAGCUGGGAGACAAGUUCCUACUCGCACUGUCACCACGCCGCACGUCUGUGAAAUGCGCUUGGGCUGGCGGAUGCGGCGCACUUAUACACGAACCUCUGACGGCGAACAUCGUUGCUCAUCUCAGCGAGGCGCACGGACUUACGCCAGGAGCUAUCGAUGGCGAGACGACUGUGUGCCUGUGGCACGAUGCUUCAGCAGAUGCCGACACGCCCGCGCCGACCCCUUCAUCCGCAACUGCAAACUCACGCAGGAAAAGCAUUGCUGGCGGCCCGUGCGGACGUUCGCUCAAGGUCGUCAGCAUGAGGAACCAUAUCCUCAAUUGCCACGAAAAGGCGAAGACGGGUUCUUGUCGCCUCUGUGGCGCCUUCAUCUCUCGCGCGGAGACGUAUCUCAUGCACCGUCACCUCACGUCCUGCGUCGCUCGAGUUGCGCGCGGCGGUCCUCGCGCUCUUGAGGAUGCGCUGCUGACCAAGGGCAUUCGAACCCUCCGCGACGCGAAAGGCGCUGCCAGUUUCGAGUUUGUUGACAAGGAAAUGGCAGCCAAUGCUCCGGAGCCCGUGGUUCGGUCGUCCACGAAGUCUCAACGUGCUCUGGUGGCCGCUCUGGCUCUCGGUCCCGUGCCUCCGCCCCCGGUCUUGAGUAUGCCUCCUGCAAAGAAGGCUCCAUCGCCCCCUCCCCCGCAACGCGAGUUGAUCGAAGAUGGCUAUGAUGACCUCGACGCGGAGCUCGAUGCCCGGCGCAUGUCUCUCGACGCACCUACUCGGCCUGUGGAUGCGCCUGCGUCAGCAAUGGAUCUCUUGGCCAGUACGAGCGCUAUCCAGCCACGUAUGCCGGAAAACACAGAACCCACCUCUGACGCCAUGGAGACGUCGUAG